CCCGCGCCAGGAUAAAACACCUGAACUUCACUGAGCUGGUAGCUAAGGACACGGGUGCCUGGGGCGGACGAGGCCGGGUUCUCGGCGGGCAGCGAGGGGGAGCGUGUCUGGGUGUCAGCCAGAAUAUGUCUUCCAACCUGAGAGCAGCAGGGAAAUUUCUUGUUUUCUUAGGAAAAUCACUGUUUAGUAUUCUGGAGGCUCUGAUCUUUGGCUUGAUCCCAAGGCCACGGAAGAACGUCGCUGGUGAAAUAGUCCUCAUAACAGGCUCUGGGAGUGGACUUGGGAGGCUCUUAGCCUUGCAGUUUGCCCGCCUGGGAUCUGUGCUUGUUCUCUGGGAUAUCAAUUCACAGGGGAAUGAGGAGACACUCCAGAUGGCUCGGGAAGCUGGAGCCAUGAGGGUGCAUGCCUAUACCUGUGAUUGUAGCCGAAAGGAAGACGUGUACAGAGUGGCCAAUCAGGUUAAAAAAGAAGUUGGUGAUGUUUCCAUCCUAAUCAAUAACGCUGGAAUCGUAACAGGCAAAAACUUCCUCAACUGCCCAGAUGAGCUUAUGGAAAAGUCAUUUGAUGUGAACUUCAAAGCACAUUUAUGGACUUAUAAAGCCUUUCUACCUGCUAUGAUUGCUAAUGACCAUGGACAUUUAGUUUGCAUUUCAAGUUCAGCUGGAUUAGUUGGAGUAAAUGGGCUGGCAGAUUAUUGUGCGAGUAAAUUUGCAGCCGUUGGUUUUGCAGAAUCUAUGUUUGUAGAAACAUUUGCCCUAAAACAAAAGGGGAUUAAGACUACCAUUGUGUGCCCAUUUUUUAUAAAAACUGGAAUGUUUGAAGGUUGUACGACUAGGUGUCCUCUUCUGUUGCCAAUUCUGGAUCCAGAAUAUACAGUCAGAAAAAUAGUAGAUGCUAUUCUUCAGGAAAGGCUGUAUUUGUUUAUUCCAAAGUUCUUAUACCUCAUGUUGUUUUUAAAAAGUUUCUUGCCCACCAAGACAGGACUGAUCAUAGGUGAAUACUUGGGUGUCUUAGAGUCAAUGGAAGGUUUCACUGGCCAAAAGAAGAAAGUCUAAAGACCAACUCCAUGGCUGAUUUCAUCGGAUACCCAAUGCGACAUCGAGUUCGUUUUGAAUAAGAAAAAUGAUUUUGUUCAACAAUAGAACGUAUCUGGAAACAAGUACCAUUCCUAUUUCUGCUAUCUGGA